AUGCGCAGUUGUCCUAGCAGGGGGCCACGCAAGAUCCUCGAGGUGUGCUCACGGUGGCUACUCUCCGCACUGCCCUCGCUUGCUGCUGCUGAUAUCAGUCAGACCGGACCUCGCUCGCUCGCACUCAGUUUCCGGGAGCGUGACGUGUGGGAGCUCAGCUGGAUCGUCCCUCUCGACAUUGGCCCAGGUGAAAGCUCGCCGCUCGAGCCCCCUCCCGCACACCGCUCCACUGCUAACUGGCUAGUAGAUGGGCGUAACCGCCGCGUAGUGUGGGGGGUGGGUCGGAUGGGCCACCCCCCGCUCGCCGGAUAUGCUGUGCCGAGCUUCGUCUGCGUCCAGGAGUUGCCAGUGAACGGGAUCAACUGCGCCACGGGCAUCCGCACCUCCGCGCCGCUCCGGCAUCUUCGCAAGGGUAGGAUAAGAGGGGGUUUCGGUGUUUUGUUCCAACUGCACCUCGAUGCCAUAUCGCAUACAACGGGGGAGGUGAAGAGUACAGUGCCCGUUUGUUGCAAGAAUUUUUCCCACAAAGGGGGGGGUGUGAAACUACACCGACAUGUCAGCAGGAUUACGUUCCCGGUGAAUGGGUUCCGAGUUCUUUUGGUUGUGAGGGUUUUAGGUAUGGGGAACCUGGUGCGCAACGAAAUGAGCGCGCGCAGCUCGGCAGAGCCUCCUAACGAUCUAAUAGCGCUUCCGCCGCUCACUGUCCGAAGGUCUUUGCCCUUCCUCAUAGGAUGA